CCCGCGGAACCUUUGAACCGAGUACUCGGGCCAACAGGGGAAGAGCAUCGGCGGGGACUUGUCAGGACGAUUUGGAAAGAGGAAAGGAAGAGGAGGAGCGAGGAUCCAUGGCGGCUUUGGUUGCUGUUUGCGGUGAUCUAGGGAGGAAAAAGUUAACGCAUUUCGUAAAGGCUGCUCUCUGCCUCACAGGUCCUGGGACUAACGCGGUGCUGUGGAGGAGUUGUUCACAAUAUAAGCACGUAGCCGGCAAUGAGGACCUGCCCGUUCCAAUGGAAAAUCCUUAUAAGGAGCCUCUUAAAAAAUGUAUCUUGUGUGGAAAACGUGUAGAUUAUAAGAAUGUACAGCUUUUGUCCCAGUUUAUUUCUCCAUUUACUGGAUGCAUUUAUGGAAGGCACAUAACAGGUCUUUGUGGGAAGAAACAGAAAGAAAUCACAAAAGCAAUUAAGAGAGCUCAAAUAAUGGGGUUUAUGCCAGUUACAUACAAGGAUCCUGCAUAUCUCAAAGACCCUAAAGUUUGUAACAUCAAGUAUCGGGAAUAAAUUAUAGGAGUCUUAACAUCCAUCAAUAAACAUAUUUUACA